UUGCUAACAUCCCACUUCUUUUGUGAUCUGGCUGUAUCGUCCUAUCAUUUUCUAUAGAGAUGAGAGCCAAUAAGUGAAAAAGAAAAAAGAAGUCCUACUAUUUUAUUGCAUACUGCAGAUUCUAUUGUAAAUGAACCUUAAAUCAGAUAACAAGAUGAAUAAUGAUGUGGAAAUCGAGAUCUUGCUCACGUUAUGAAAAUAAAGGAUUUAUAUUAAAUGCCCUUGUUACUCAAGGUGCUGCUGAGGUUGACGAUCCUCGCGUUUUUUUUGGUAGCUCUAUAUUGUUAUCAGACGUCUGAUGGAAGACGCUGGAUUGUAUUCAACUUGCAAACAAAAAAUGCGAGCCUGGCAAAGGCUCCUUCAGCAGUGACUGUUUAUUCUGUUAAUUAUUUAUCUUCAACAGCGCGCAUUUUGCCACGAAAUCAGACAAAUUAUAACAUAUGGUGUAUUUUUACCAAAGUUGCCUCAAACUCGCCCAUAAGACGGAAAUUUCAAGUGUUCACAGAAUCUUUGCUCAGAUUCGCUUCUAUAAACAUUACUUUUCAUGUGAUAAGUGAUGAUAACAGUCAAAACAUAGCUGAAAAUGUUAUAAAAAAUGUUAUGAUCAGCACUGGAAAAUUUAUGAAAGUAUUUUAUUACAAUGUACACAAAUUAGCUGCAAAAUUGGAGGAUAUUGUGUCAGUUAUGUCGCCACAUUUUAGUAGUAAACCAGGAACAUAUUACUCAGAUGCAUUGUUCUUCAUUUCGCUCGGUUUGCACAGAAUUGCACCCAAUUCUCAAAAACUUGCCAUAAUGUUUGAUGCAGAUACAAAAUUUCGUAGAGAUGUGAAGGACUUGUUCGAAGAAUUUAACAAGUUUGGAAAAGAAGCUUUGUUUGGUUUGGCUCCAGAGCUCACGCCAGUUUACCGACAUGUUUUGUAUUUAUAUCGUAAUAAACAUCCAACGACAAUGUUUGGAGAACCCCAACAUAAAGGUGGAUAUCCUGGUUAUAAUAGUGGGAUAGUGCUUUUAAAUUUGGAAAGAUUACGGAAAUCACGUGUAUAUAAUGAGUUUAUCAAUAAAGAUAGUGUGGAUGAUAUGACGAAGAAAUAUCACUUCAAGGGUCAUUUAGGCGAUCAAGAUUUCUAUACGCUUCUAGGCAUGGAAAAACCAGAACUGAUUCACAUGAUAGAUUGUGGUUGGAAUAGGCAACUUUGUACAUGGUGGCGUGAUCGUGGUUACACAGAUGUAUUUGCUAAUUAUUCAGAAUGCCAUUCGGAAACCAAAUUGUGGCAUGGAAAUUGUAAUACUCCUAUACCUGAUGAUAAAUGAUGCAUUACCUUUUGACAUAGUAAACAUUGAUUGGAUAUAUAAAAGAUAUCCUAUUUUUUGACUGAAGAAAAUGAUUACGAAAUAGGAAUAAUAAAAUGAAAAUA